UUUUGCGAACGCGGUAAGGUCCACCAAUGAGGAACCAGCGUCUUCAAUGGGACGGACUUUGUGGGAAAAAUUACAAGGGAAGACGAUCCUGUCUCCGUGGGAACGUAAAUGCUGUCACUUGGCGUUGAUCGCCUGCUGAGAAUUUCUUUAAACUUCCGCGCAAGCGUCCAACAAUGCCAGCCAAACACGUAGUAAGUCAAGCGGAGUUGUCAAAUCAUCCCCACUGCUCCGACUAUUUCAGACCUCUAUACCCUCUCUGAAGAGGUGUUCAGAGUAAAAUACAAACAUGGCAACUGAAUUUUCUUCCUUGAUUUGCGCAAUGAGUGGGGCAUUGUCUCUGUUGGUGCGUUGUUGAUGCAGUUUGCAACUCCCAGUUGGGUAUAUUCAGCUUCGAUAAGGUCUAAUUAAUAAAAGAUGGCUGGUUUUGAAAAAGACGACAUACCGAUGCUUUCAGACACAAACGGGCGGUCUUUGGACGAACAUGCAGAUUCUCAAUUCCAGAGAUUUGCAUACAGGACAAGGAGUGCAUCAAUUUCCAUUCCUAUGGACUCAAUGGAGUCCUAUGCAAGUGAAACUAAUCUUGUGGGCCAUACUGGUCCUUUACGGAGUGAAAGAAGAACUCCAUUCAUACAGAUGAGUGGUCCAAUAUACGUUAGCCGCAAACCUGAAAACUUUUUUUUGCCAAAUCAAGGUGUCACAGGACCCAAAACAAUGGAACCUUUAGUGAGCAAGUUUACUUCAUUUAAAGGCAAGGAUCAAGAUGACUGGCCACAUGACAACAAUUUUGGGAAAAAUGAACAUUUGCUGAGGUCUGGGCAGUUGGGAAUGUGCAAUGAUCCUUAUUGCACAACUUGCCCAACAUAUAACAACUUCAUAGCAGCUCAACAAAUGAACUCUAAAGCUUCAUUAGCUUUUGAUCCUAAGUUUCAUAAUGUUCUCUAUGGGGACGCUAAAGGCUGGGCUAAGGGCUUUUUUUCUUCUCUCCAACAAUAUAUUCCUGGCAUCAUGAACCCUCAUGCUAAAGUUGUGCAACAAUGGAACAAAUUUUUUGUCAUUUCUUGCUUGGUGGCAAUUUUUGUGGACCCAUUAUUUUUCUUCUUGCUAUCCACUAUAAAGGAUAACAAGUGUAUAGUAAUUAAUUGGCCCCUGACCAAAACAAUUGUGGCUUUCAGAAGUUUGACUGAUCUCAUAUAUUUCUUCCGCAUGCUUCUUCAGUUUAGGUUGGCUUAUGUGGCCCCCGAGUCGAGAGUGGUUGGUGCUGGAGAGUUAGUUGAUCAUCCCAAAAAAAUUGCUCUCAACUAUAUUCGUGGAUUUUUUUUCAUUGACUUGUUUGUUGUUUUACCACUUCCUCAAAUCAUAGUAUUGUUUGUUCUACAAAAAUCUUUGAGAUCAGGAGCCAAUAGUGCUAAAAAUCUUUUACGGACAGCUGUUCUUGUUCAGUACAUUCCUAGGCUGUAUAGGUUUCUGCCUCUACUAGCUGGUCAGUCUUCAAGCAGCUUGGUAUUUGAGUCAGCAUGGGCAAAUUUUGUCAUAAAUCUUCUCACUUUCAUGUUGUCCGGCCAUGUUGUUGGGUCAUGCUGGUACCUCUUUGGGUUACAGAGGGUUAAUCAAUGUCUUCGAGAAGCCUGCCAUUACUCUGGAAUGGAAACAUGCACAAGAUUUAUCGACUGUGGCCAUGGCAGCGAUAUUGAAUUUCGCUCUAAUCCAUCAUGGAAUAUCUGGAAAAACAAUAAGAAUGCGAGUGAUUGUUUUGAGAAAGAUGGUUUUUCUUAUGGAAUCUAUGAGCAAGCUGUCAUUCUUACCACGAAACAUAGCAUUAUAACCAGAUAUACAUAUUCAUUAUUUUGGGGAUUUCAGCAAAUCAGUACACUGGCUGGAAAUCAAACUCCAAGUUAUUUUGUUUGGGAAGUCCUUUUUACCAUGGCCAUCAUUGGGCUCGGCCUUUUGCUCUUUGCUCUACUCAUUGGACAUAUGCAAAACUUUCUUCAGGCUCUUGGACGAAGGAGGUUGGAAAUGUCUCUCAGACGUCGUGAUGUUGAGCAAUGGAUGAGACACCGACGCUUGCCAGAGGAAGUAAGGAGGCAAGUACGACAAGCUGAAAGGUAUAAUUGGGCUGCUACCAGAGGGGUAAAUGAAGAAAUGCUCUUGGAGAAUCUGCCUGAAGACCUUCAGAGAGACAUAAGACGCCAUCUCUUCAAGUUUGUGAAGAAAGUUCGAAUCUUUGCCAUGAUGGAUGACCCUGUCCUGGAUGCCAUUUGUGAGCGACUAAGACAAAAGACAUACAUUAAAGGCAGCAAAAUUUUGCAUCAAGGUGGUCUGGUCGAGAAGAUGGUUUUCCUUGUACGUGGGAAAACAGAGAGCAAAGGAGAUGAUGGGAUAGUAGCUCCCUUAUCUGAAGGAGAUGUUUGUGGUGAGGAACUUCUCACAUGGUGUCUUGAGCAAUCUUCAGUAAAUAAAGUUAUUGUGAUUUCCAUUACAGAUGGGAAAAAAAUAAAGAUUCCUGGACAGAGAUUGCUUUGCAACAGGACGGUAACAUGCUUAACAAAUGUAGAAGCAUUUUCACUAAGAGCUGCAGACCUUGAGGAAGUCACCAGUCUUUUCACAAGAUUCUUGCGCAGUCAACAUGUUCAAGGAGCCAUAAGGUAUGAAUCACCCUACUGGAGAUCCCUAGCUGCAACCCGCAUUCAGGUAGCAUGGAGAUACAGGAAGAAGCGUCUAGUUCGUGCAGAAACGUCGCCAAUCUAAUUGCUUGUCAAGAUAGUAGAUCCCGCUAUUUUGUGUUGUACAUGCACAGUUUUACGUAGUUCCAUGUCUAUCAUCAUGAACAUCAUAUGGAGCCAUAAAUUUCUGAUUUUACUGA